AGAAAUUAGAGAGAAACAGAAAAUAUAGAUAUUCAUCUGACGGCGUCGUUUACAGUUGGUUCCUCCUCCGAAUAUCGAUAUUCACUGUAGCGCGAGCGCCAAAGAGUUGGAGAUUCUCAUGUUAAUGUUUUGGUCACUCAAAAAACCAUUUGGCGCGGUUCCUGACGAAGAAUUCAGAAGAUAAUUUCUUCAGGGUAUGAAAUGGGUGCCAGUAACUUAUCCUUCGACCAAGUGCUUGUGGAAAUGCUUGAAAUGGGUUUUGAGUAUUCCAGCAUUGUAGAAGGCAUCAAAACAGUGGGUUUGUCUAUUCCCAAUGUUGUGGAGCAUAUCUUGACGGCUGGUAGUGGUAGUGGUAGAGCUACAACUAGCUCCAAAGCUUCCACUACCACCAUGCAGCCUUCAAAAUUUCGUGCUCCUCAUGGAAAAGCUCUCAAGAGAAAAGCUUUGUCCUCGACCAGCCAAGUUCGGCAGUCGAGCAUAUUGGACCAUUUUCAUUCCAAUGAUAAGUCCACUGUGUGCAAUAAGAUACGUGAUGUGGCAAUUGUUGAUCUAGAAAUGGUGAAUGAGCACGAUAAGCCUAUCUCUAAAAUGCCUGAUGAUGUGACCGUGAUGCCGGGACAAAUUGUAACUGGUCCAAUGGAAAAUUUGGUUGUUAUGUCUGAUUGGGAGACGAGAGUUGGUGGUCUCUUACAGAAGCAUUUUGGGAUUUUGUGUUUGAAGAGUUUUCAGAAGGAAGCGCUGAACGCAUGGGCAGCUCAUAAGGACUGCCUUGUCCUUGCUGCAACAGGAUCUGGGAAAUCAUUGUGCUUUCAGGUUCCUGCAUUGUUAACUGGGAAAGUGGUGGUUGUGAUAUCGCCAUUAAUAAGCUUGAUGCAUGAUCAAUGCUUAAAGCUAGCAAGACAUGGAGUCAGCGCUUGCUUUCUUGGGUCUGGGCAACCUGACAAUACUGUUGAAAAGAAAGCAAUGAGAGGCAUGUACAGCAUAAUAUAUGUUUGUCCAGAGACUGUCCUAAGAUUAAUACAACCACUGCAGAAGCUUGCAGAAAGUCAUGGUAUUGCAUUGUUCGCAAUUGAUGAGGUGCAUUGUGUUUCUAAAUGGGGUCAUGAUUUCCGUCCAGACUAUAGCCGAUUAUCUGUGCUGAGGGAAAAUUUCAGCACCAGCAAACUUAAAUUCCUGGAAUUUGACAUACCUUUGAUGGCCUUGACAGCUACAGCUACACACAGAGUUCAAGAAGAUAUUUUAAAAUCAUUACGCAUGUCAAAGGAAACAAUUGUUGUGCUUACAUCUUUCUUUCGAUCUAAUUUACGCUUCAUGGUAAAGCAUAGUGGAACUUCACAAGCCUUUUAUGAGAAAGAUUUUCAUGAAUUGAUUAAAGUAUAUGGUAGCAAGCUAAAUUCCAAUAAAAAUAAAAAGUCUUCCAUCUCAAAGGACUCGGAUGAUGUUUCCAGCAGCUCUGGUGCUGGUAGAAUCUCUAAUAAUGAUGAUGUUUCUCCUUAUGAUGUGGAUGACAACCAUGAUGAUUAUGGUGGCAGAUAUGUUAAUGUAAUGCGCUCAGGAAACACAGACAAUCUUGUAAAGGGAAAAGAGUUGUCUGUCGAGUUUCUGGAAAAUGACAACGAUGACUGUCAAAGCGUGGAUGAUUGGGAUGUUACCUGUGGUGAAUUUUGUGCACAAUCUCCUCCGAAGGACUGGGAGUUAUCUGAGAUAGAUGAUCCACCCAAGGAACCAGAAGGAAGUCUGAAAGUACUUAAAGGUCCUUUGGAGCAAGGACCGGCAAUCAUAUAUGUACCAACGAGAAAAGAAACGCUGAAAAUUGCAAAGUAUCUAUGCAAGUUUGGCGUGAAGGCUGCUGCCUAUAAUGCAGCGCUGCCCAAAUCACAUCUAAGAAGGGUUCACAAAGAAUUUCAUGAAAAUACCAUAGAGGUUGUUGUUGCAACAAUAGCAUUUGGCAUGGGGAUUGACAAGCCAAAUGUCAGAAGAAUCAUCCACUAUGGUUGGCCACAGAGUUUGGAAGCCUACUACCAAGAAGCUGGUCGGGCUGGUCGAGAUGGGAAAUUAGCAGACUGCAUUCUAUUUGCAAACCUAGCGAGAGUUCCAUCACUUUUGCCUAGUCGAAGAAGUGAAUAUCAGACAAAACAAGCAUAUAUCAUGUUGUCUGACUGUUUCAGAUACGGAAUGAACACGUCAUGCUGUCGAGCAAAGACACUUGUGGAAUACUUUGGAGAGGAAUUCAGUCAUAGAAAAUGUCUCUUAUGUGAUGUGUGUGUUGAUGGACCGCCUCAAAGGCAGAAUAUGAAAGACGAGGCGUGUAUAUUACUACAAACUAUUGCUGCUAGUCAUGCAUGUAGUUAUUCCAUGGAUGUUGCAUAUGAUGAUGAUAUACAUUUUGAAUAUGGAUAUGGAAGACAUGGAGAGAGGUUGUGCCUUAAGAAUAUUGUCGGAAAGAUACGGGAGCAGUCUCAAAAGUUUCUAAACACUGAUAUAUUAUUGUGGAGAGGUCUCUCUCGGAUUUUGGAAGCUAAAGGAUACAUCAGGGAGGGAGAUGACAAGACCCAUGUUCAGAUAAAAUUUCCGGAGCCAACAAAAUUGGGAUUGGAAUUUAUCAGGUCCAUGAGUGAAGAAGCUUUCUAUGUUUACCCAGAGGCAGAUAUGUUGCUUGCAGCGAAAACUCACAAACCAUAUUCCUCAUUCUCUGAAUGGGGUAAAGGUUGGGCUGAUCCUGAAAUCCGUCGCCAGCGUCUGGAAAGAAUGCAAGUCAAUAAAAAGCCAGAGACGCUGAGAAGUCCCAGGAAACAUCAAAAGAGAAAAGCCAAUAAAAUGAAACACGAUAUGAGGACUUCUCGCGGAAGACUUGAAGCAAAACUCACAAAAUAUAAGUGAUUCAUGAGGCUAUCGUGUGCGGUUAUUCUAACAUUAACAUACAAUUUACUCUGACAUAAGAAGUGAAUUAUUCAUGGUCAUUGCAAUUUCUUCAAGGAUAAUUAUGGAGUCUGGAUCAGAGAUAUAAUUUAAUGGUUACUAUUCUUGCUUAUCUGUGGAAGAAAACCACAUAUUAGGGAACUGAGAACCCACCAAACUGGUUCAGAUCUUUGUCUUCAAGCAUUGAUCACAACAAAUGGAUUGCUGUUAAUCCAAUAAUCAGGAUAUCUUUUUCUA